CUCCAUCCUUUCUUCCAAGCCCACUCAAGGGUACACUUCUGUCGAAUUAUGACGAAGAGAUAGCGGUUACACCAGGAAAGAUUUAAAGGCGUCAUCACAUCACAGUUCCACCACCAGCAGACAUGCUAGGCCCUUUCCAUGCCUCCGAACCCCUCCUUGCCCGAGCUGCCCGUAAACUUGCCCUUACAACUAAGCAGACGAACAAGGGCUAUUACAAGGGCACUCGCUCCGGCAACGUUGGCCAUUUCUCGUACAACCCCAAGCGGUAUUACAUCUACGAGAUCGACUGGAAUAAGGUCCGCACUUUUGUGAAGCCGAAGAACCUGGCCGACAGCGAGCUCCACCCUUUCGUGGCAGUGAGGGUAAGGGCACCCGCUGCAGGAAAUGGAAAGAAGAAGUUGAGUGGGAAAGAUUUUCUGAGCAUGGUUAAGGAGCUCGGCACAGAGAUCGAAGGGAGGCCUUAAAAGCAUCAAAACAAUUGUUCGACGACGGUGGAUAAAGCAAUUCUGCGAAAUCGGCUUGAAGCUCCGCUUGCUCGUUCUGGUGAAAAUGAUAAGUUUCGUCAAUAGACGAUGGUUAGAUCUUCGGCGGCGAAGUCAACGGCUUUACUGCCUGGAAAUGGGCCGACGGUGAAAAGACAAAGAGCGUAUACCCUUUUUGACAAUAACGUACAGGAAGGAUUGGCUUCAAAGUUAUGGAUCAACAUGUAUUAUACGUGAGCAAGCCAAAAGGCAUUUGCACGCACCUUCGAGACAUCAAAUACGUCUUUGUACAGUAGAAUACCAAAGAACAGCGACUUUUGUUGGAUGGGGUAUCUAAUGUCUAAGCCGGCGAAAAUUUUACACUUGCGACGCUG